UCCUUUUGUGCCAAAUGUUCUCCAAAAUUAUUCUCAUUGCCACUAUGGUCUCCGAGCUGCUGAUUGGAACCAUGCCACAUGUCUUUAUUUUGUUCCUGUCUCCCAGAUAUGACAAAGCACUUGAAAACCCCGUUGCUUUCCCUCUGGAACUGAAAUGGAGAUCCUGGGAUUUCUGUGAUAUCAAUCCUUUUCUGGAAAAUACUGGAAAUAUAUUCAAUGAGACUCUGAUGGCUGGACUUCAACUGCAGAAAGCACAUGUAUUUCUGGAUCCAGACACAGCUCACCCUCGUCUCAUUUUGACAGACGACUGUAAAAGCCUGAAAAUGGGCGAGUUUUAUCAACCUCUACCCAAAACCCCAGAAAGAUUUGACGAAUGGCCUUUUGUCUUAGCCUGUUCAGGAUUCACUACUGGCAGGCAUUUCUGGGAAGUCGCUGUGGGGACAGACGACACCUGGGGUGUAGGAGUUGCCCGAAAGUCUAUAAGGAGGAAAGGAGACAUUGAAUUUAGUCCAGAAGAAGGAUUCUGGGCCGUGGGGAAGUGGGACGGCAACUACACAGCAUACAACCCUCCGUUCUAUACCCCCUUGACGUUACGUAGGAUGCCCAAGAAGAUCAGAAUAAUUCUGAACUAUGAAGGGGGGUGGGUGACUUUUUUUGAUGCCGAUACAGGAGCUCCUCUCUUUGCAUUUUCUGCACCCCCCUUUGCUGGAGAGGUGAUCCUUCCCUUAUUUUAUGUGUUUGGAAACGCUCGCCUUUCCAUCACUCAUUAAGGCUGUUAUGUCUGCUUCUCAGUCUUGGUUGUAGUAUGUGUCACGUCUGGAAAAAUCAAUAAUCAAGAAGAACAAGAAACAAGUGGGGAUCUAAGGUGGCUUUUCCCCUCAGUCUUGGUCUCUUUAGGUCAGGUGUGGCUGCAGCUUUCAGGUUUUCCAAGUCAGUGUGAUUGUUUCCAUCCUGCCUUCUGGAGUCCCAGCAUGUAUGAAGAAGGUCAUUAAGGAAAAUGCUAAUCGAAAAGGAUCUCUGCCAGCUCUUAUCAAACCUCCAUUACCUUUCAGACAGAUUAAUGGCUAACUGAUGCAGAGUUCAUCUUUAUUUUUUUAAAAGAAACUAACAUUACUGCUCAAAGGUAACAUUUCCCCUCAGCAAAGAAACAGGGCUUCUCAUAUGAUGAGCGUUUCAUUAACUCAAGACCUUGGUGAUUUCCAGAUAAGUGGACUUCAACUCCCAGAACUUUUAUUUGCUAGCCAUGCUGGCUGUGGCAUUCUGAGACUUGAAGUCUACACACUUGGGAAUGGCCAAAGUUGGGAAACAUUGCCAUGGCUGAUUUUCACAUCUUGGGGACUUCACACAGCUGGCAUUGUCCAUCCUCCUGUCAUGUUUUUUUUUUUUUUUUGAAAAUAUCUAAUAUAAAGAAUCCUUACUAUUGAUCUUGUAUCAUAGUGGUACAUUUGUGGAACUACAGAGGGACAUUGUAUGUGUGUGUAAUUACCUAGGCUGGUCUCUUCCAAACUUAGCAACUAAGAUACGUAGAAUUCAACUCCCAGAAUUC